AUGGAGAGGGAGGGCGCCGGGCGGGGGGAGCCCGAGCAGCAGCGAUGUCUAUCGGAGUCGAGUGAGUUUCAGAGAGCCCAGGCGCAGGAUUACAACCCCAGCCCUCCCGCCUGCCUGUACAUGGGCAGGCAGCAGCAGACUCCUUACCCCAGCGCCUUAGGGGCUCUCGAGCAAGGCAGCCCGCCAGACAUUUCACCUUACGAGCCCGAGGGGGCGGCCGGGCGGGCCGGGGCUGACUCUCCCUUCUCUCCAGGGGGGUCCUACGUGGUGGAGCAGGAAGAGAACAAGCGGACGAGGACGGCGUACACCCGGGCGCAGCUGCUGGAGCUGGAGAAGGAGUUUCUCUUCAACAAGUACAUCUCCAGGCCGCGGCGGGUGGAACUGGCUGUGAUGUUGAACUUGACCGAGAGGCACAUCAAGAUCUGGUUCCAGAACCGGCGCAUGAAGUGGAAGAAAGAAGAGGACAAAAAGCGAGGGGCGGGCAACAGCAAUGACACCGAGCAAGACUGUGUGGUGUCCUCCGGGGAGCUGCAGGGCAAGGAGGGUCUCCAGCCGUGCCCCCCCGGGAACCUGCCCUCGGGGGCCUCCAGGGACCUGCUCGCCCCCAGCCUCGCCCCCAGAAGGCAGCAGGACUCUCGGUGA